AUAAUCUAAUUAAGAUCCCUCUCUUCUCUUUCUCUCUCACAGUACACACAUGAAUUUCCUAUACAUCUCUUGAUCAUCGUCUUCCUCAUUUCAAGCAAUAUGAGCAAUAUCAGCAUGGUGGAGGCCAAGUUGCCCCCAGGUUUCAGGUUCCAUCCCAGAGACGAAGAACUUGUGUGCGAUUACUUGAUGAAGAAAGUCACUCACUGUGAUGAUUCCGAUUCCACUCUCAUGAUUGACGUUGACCUUAACAAGUGUGAGCCUUGGGAUAUUCCAGAAACGGCAUGUGUGGGAGGGAAGGAGUGGUACUUCUACACGCAGAGAGACAGAAAGUAUGCGACGGGGCAGAGAACAAAUAGAGCGACGGCGUCGGGGUAUUGGAAGGCCACCGGCAAGGACAGGGCCGUCCUAAGAAAGGCCAAAGUGGUUGGCAUGAGAAAGACUUUGGUGUUCUAUCAAGGAAGGGCUCCCAAAGGCAAAAAGACUGACUGGGUCAUGCACGAGUUUCGCCUUCAUCCUCCUCCUUCCCAUCAUUUCCCCAAGGAAGACUGGGUGCUGUGUAGGGUAUUCUACAAGAACAGAGAAGAAGAAAAUGGAAAAGCUGGCAUGGGAAGCUGCUAUGACGACGCUGGCUCUUCAUCGCUCCCUGAAUUAAUGGAUUCUUACAUCAGUUUUGAUCAGCCUUCUGCAGCUCAUCACCACCAUAAUCAAUAUCAUCAGCAAGUGCCCUGCUUCUCCAACAUCAAUAAUCAUACUUUCCCUCUUCAACCAAACCCUAACCCUAGCAGUCACCCCACCACCGUUCUCCACCAUCACCACCAACCACCAAAUGGAGCAGCAGCAACAGUAAGUACUCCUCCAAAUAACUUGGAUUCCUUAGACCCUUUUUCUCACGACUCCAAGGUACUCAAAGCUUUGUUGACUCAACUCACCAAGAUGGAAACUCAUGAAGGAUCUCCCACCAGCUUUGAAGCUCACGCACCAUCUCAGACUCACUUUCCUCAAACGGCUAUUCCCAGUUAUUUAUGGAACAGUCAUUAGUUAUUUUGCAUGUUUGCGUGGGCGUGGAGGGGAACAAGAAAAUUUAUAUGCACACAAUCCACAUGUUCCCCAGUAUUGAUUAGAUGUUGAGUGAUAUAUAUGUCCCAUUUUUACUGGUAUGUAAGGGGUGCUGGUUGAUAUAGUAGUUAUAAAUAUAUGUGGAGUUCAUUGUGCUUGUAGUGGAUGAAUUUUUCACAUUCCAUACUUGAAGAUCUGCUCUUGACAUUAA